AAGAGAUCAGUACCAUUUCUGCAUCUUCUGGUCCCAUCUGUCUCUCUGCUCUGAUGGCUGAGCCCAAGCAUCAUGGAUUCCUUGUCUGUUCACCAAGGCUUUCUCAGGAAAUAUGGGGGAUUUCUCUUUAAGCACUGGAAGGAACGUUACCUGCAUCUCACCCAUGAUGGGAGCCUUCUUGUGUCGCGAGAGCCUGGCUCUUCUCCUGAUCUGGUGGUUCCAGUUCUUUCUCAAUGUCAAGUUAUCCUGGAAGGUUCGAAAAUACUGGAUCUCCCCAAGCUGCCUGUCGGGGCUCAGGCAGACAGUUGUUUGGGAUUGUCAUUGAGCGAUGGGAGGACACUCCUUCUUUUAGCCCCAGAUUCACAGGAGUGCAACAAAUGGAUAGAUAUACUUCGGAAAGUAAAAGAGAGCCUGCUCCAACCUCCUCUGUCCCCAGGCAGCUGUAAACGCCAUCCAUCAUCUCCCAUCAGAAAAUGUUGCUGGAAACACAAGGAAAGAAACCAAGCCAAGGAUGAUGGAAGAACUGCUAUUUGUAAAGAGAAGUGCCCCCCUCAUUGUCUGCGUCAUGGAUCUCAGCUCCACCGGGGAGUAAAGACAGCAUGCAUACUCAUGGGUGGAGCAGCAGCUGGACCAACUCUGGGUCAUAUGGUUACCUCAAGUCAUGGUUCUCAUUAUGCUGACUCUGCUGCUCCCUCAGACUUCAGAGAAUUGGGAUACCACGCCUCUGUAGACACAGAAGGCUGCCAAUAUAACAUGGACUUUGAGGGGAUGGAUCAAGAUUAUAACACUUUUGACUUUGGAGGCUUUGCCUUUUAAUCCAUAAAUAGUGAAAGAAUUAAUGAGACUUGGUUGGGAAGAGCUGUAGGGAGCUUGGAGCCAUAUUAUGGUGUGACAUAUGUGACAUAUGUAAUAAUAAUUUAUCCUGGGUAAGGCAAAUCAGUUCCUAUACUGGGCACAGUACCAUUUGGCACGAUAAGGUUAGUUAUUGAAGAACUGUUUUAUACCAAGCACCUAUAUCAGCAUAUAGCCAAGCUGAGAACUUUCAGCCCUUUUAAUCUUGGAAUACUAUAUUUAACAUUUAGUAUGCGUCUCAGUGAUUCACAAAGUGGAAACAGACUACAAAUUCCAAAUUAAAUUGUAAAGCUUGCACACCACCAGAAAGCAAAGCUGCCAUACUAAGUGACAUGUAAUAACAAAUUAAUAAUUUAGAGGCUUUUAACAGAUUAUAUAAAUAACUAAGUUGGGCUCCCCCCAUCACCUUUUCUGAUUAAAGGGCUAUGCCCA